CGCGCGCACCAUUUGAUUCAAGGCAAUACUAAUAUCAAUAAAGUGAUAAAGUACAUCAGUCUAUGCUGUGUUUUGACUCGGAAUAUACUCCCAUAACCCAGAGUGGAACCUGAUCUGAAGUCAGCUCCACCAGGACACCCAGCAUGCAGGAGGACUCCAGCCGCAGUCCCAGUUACACUGUGACCUGUGAGGACUACGUUCAUGUGGUGGAAUUCAGUCCUUUCAGCUCGGGUACCAGUGCCUCUCUACUGGCCUAUGGAGGAAACCAGUACGUGGUAGUGGGCACCUGCCUGUUCCAGGAGGAGGAUAUUGAAGUCGAGGGAGUUGAAUUCAAUGUGCUUCGAGUUUUCCAUCAUGAAUUGCGCGUCGAUGCUCUCGCCUGGAGCCCAGAGUCCCGGCUGGACGGGAUCCCCACCGUCAGGUUCUGCACGGCGGCCGCCGACAGGAAGCUGCGCCUGCUGACGUCCGAUCUGCAGGACCGGCACGAAGUCAAGGUGAUGGAGGGCCACACCAGCUACAUCAACCAUCUGGUGUUCGAGCCCACGGAGGGGAAACAAAUUGCUUCCGUCAGUGAUGACCACACCUGCAGGGUGUGGGACCUGGAGGGCAACGGGAGCUUGACGCUCCGACUGCGCUCUCCUGGCGUCAGCGUGUGUUGGCACCCGGAGGAGGCCUUCAAGCUGAUGGUGGCGGAGAAGAAGGGAACGAUCCGCUUCUACGACCUGGUGACCCAGCAGGCCAUCCUGUCCCUGGACUGCGACCAGGCGCCGCUCACGUCGGCCGACUGGUGCCUCGCCAACACCAUCAAGGUGGGCGCCGCGGCGGGGAACGACUGGCUCGUCUGGGACAUCACGCGCUCCAGUUACCCGCAAGAGAAGAGACCGGCGCACCGAGAUAAAGCUCGCUUAUUCAAGUGGUCCCAAGCCAAUGAGAACCUCUUCGCCACCACCGGAUGUCCGGGGAAGAUCUCCAGCCAGCUGCUCAUCCACCACCUGGGCCACCCUCAGCCGGUGACGGUGGGCUCGGCCGUGGUGGGCUCGGGGCUCAGCUGGCACCGGACCCUCCCCCUGUGCGUGAUCGGCGGCGACAGGAAGCUCAGCUUCUGGAUGACCGAGAUGUGACGUGCAGAACUUCUCCACGCGGACGAGUCCACGCCGAAUGUUUUCUUUUGUUUUCUUUAUUCUCGUAAAAAAAAAAAAAAAAGGUCCAAUAAAAGACAUAUUUUUCUGAGUA